AUGGCCCCCUCCGACCGCCUGAAUCAGGUUAAUGAACACCUCAAUUACCCUGCUGGUCUGCUAGCUGGUCAAGUCGCCAUUAUCACCGGCGCAGGCCAGGGAAUUGGCGCCGAGGCCGCACGCCUAUUUGCAAACGAAGGCGCCAAGGUCAUUGUCGCUGAUAUCGAUGCCAAAAAGGCCAAUGCCGUCGCUGACGCCAUCAACUCGGCGAAGUCUGGUCGUGCCCUCGCUGUCGUUGGUGAUAUUCUUGAUGGCGAUUAUGUUACCGAGCUUGUGAAGCGCUCUGCCGAGUUUGGGAAUGGCAAGAUUCAUAUUAUUGUGAAUAAUGCCGGGUUUACGUGGGAUGGAGUCAUUCAUAAGAUGACCGAUAAACAGUGGGAUACCAUGCUAGCCGUACACAACACAGCGCCCUUCCGGCUCGUGCGCGCGGCAGCACCCUACUUCCGAGUUAAGGAUCAAGAACCGCGCGUUAUUAUUAACAUUAGUAGCACGAGUGGGAUUCAUGGUAAUGCAGGCCAAGCAAACUACGCCGUCGCAAAGGCAGGCGUAGUAGGCCUAACACGCACAAUCGCCAAAGAAUGGGGUCCCAACUUUGGCGUGCGCUCAAACACCAUCGCCUUCGGCUACGUAACUACGCGCCUGACAGCCGCCAAGGAAGAAGGCGCCUUCAUCACGACUCCCGAUGGCACGAAGGUCGCGCUUGGUAUUCCUGGCAAGCAGCUUGCUAGUAAGAAGGGUUCUGCUGCUGAAGAGAAAAAGGCUGCAGAUGCGAAUGCCUAUCCUGAUAUCCCGCUGCGGAGACCGGCUAGUCCUGUUGAAGCGGCGAGGGCUAUUUUGGGGGUUGCUUCGCCUUGGUUUUCUUAUGUUAACGGGGAGACGAUCCGUGUUACUGGGGGCCGGAAUAUGUAG